UUUAAGAACCGUUAAAUCGCGACACAAGGUGGGAUUAUUACGGACAGGUAAAUACGUGGUAUAUUAAUAUUGAAUGUUUGCCAAGUCCAUGCGAGAAAAGCUUCAUUCAAAUCUGACAAGUGUACAAACGAGCCAGAACUUUUAGCGUCGUCAAAUUUCACUGUGCCAUUUAAAUGCAUUUCACAUUCAUGGAUUUCCAUGUUCUUAUCGCCGAAACCGUAAAUAUAUCUUGGUGAAAUCAAAUCGUCGACUUCAAAGUACGGUCAAUGGUUUUAGGCAUCUUUGAAUAGUUUUUGGACAUCGGUAUUACAGAGGUAUGGAGUGUAUGGAGAACAGAGUUAUCCGGGACUUUAAUGCAAGAAGACGUCGUACUAAAAAUUGAUAUGUGUUGAUCAACUUUCGGUUCAGCCCUUCCGGCUCAAUAUGAAGGAAGAAAAGAGAAAUGGCAAACGGGACGGAAAAGAGUUCCGACACAUUGUCGAGCGCUUCCGGCAAAUGCAACAACAUGAAGAAGUUGCAAAAGAGAAAGAAUUCAAACGGAGGCGCGAUAGCCGUCAAAGACGAAACAUCGCCAUUAAAACGGACAAUAGAUUAGUGCAAUAUAAAAGGAUAUAUAUUUUAUCCUCAUUUGCCCUGAUUAGUGGUUCUAUAAUGACAUUCGGAAGUGUAGUAAAAGGACUUGGAGAGGGCUCGAUUCUGUGGACAUACAGAUCCAGUUUUCUCAUUUGUGGGCCUGUUACGCUGGGACUUGGUGUAAUACUGUUACUUCUUGCGACCGGGCUUGUCUACGAACGUGAAGCAAAGAUAAAAAGGAGAAUGAAUAUCCGUUUAUUUGAUAUGGGAGAUAGUUUCAACUCCAGCAAUUUCAACAGAGAAAAACGGAGUUCUUGCCAGACAGAGAGUUAUUCAAAGCCAUUGCUUUUACGGGAAGAAUCUUCUUCCGGUUCAAGCGCAACAGACACUUCAGGAAAUUCAUGUAACCGUGAGAAAUCUAGUGAUUACAGGUCAAAAUCAAAAAUUGGACGACAGACUUCAGAGGAAUCAGAAAUGGAGGUUUUCUUAGAUUCCAGUCUUUCCUCCGGGGAGUCUACUCCUGCGGGAUUAUCAUUUUCUGCCAAAUGGGCAGCGUUGGCAAAAUUUCCAGAGAAAAGAAAUAUCAAUCAAAUUAAACAAAACGCAGUUUUUACUGGAAAGGACAGUUCUCCUCCUUUUACUCUAAAUAGAGGCGUGCUACCAUCAGAAAACUGUAUCUUUGAAAACGAAACAGAACAUUGGAAGAACAGGGACGUUGAAGGAUAAACCCGUCUUACUGCAGAUUGGUAAACAAACAAGCAUAUAACCGUGAACAGAAAGGGGGAGAAAAAAACCAGUCCAAAGUCGUCAUAUUAUCACCCCAUUCCAUCAUUGGAAUGAGUAUUUUUUAAAGAUGCUACAUCUCUGACAAGGGCUAUAAUUAUUAUUAAUUGACAAUAAAUGGCAGUUAUAUUUGUACAUAAAACCGAAAAGUGACAUCGCUCACGCUAUUAACACCCUCGAAAAGUUAUACGUUUAUCUUGUUAUCAUUAUUAUUUUAGAUUUAAAAGGAAUAGAUAAUUAUACUUGGAUUGUAACUUCCGGUCUGGUAAGUGAUCGUUUUUAGGACGCUGUUAGUGUUCUUCUUAUUGGUGUUGAUUAGAUUUGCAUGAUUAUAUUUCUAUACCGUAAAUGCCAUUUUUGUGACAGGCAGUGUAUAAGCUGUCGGUGUUGUAGCAUCUUUAAAAUACUCGUCACUGAACACAAUUUUUCAACAAAUCAUUUCUAACAUGUCAUGAUACCAAAUCAAUGCAUUGCCAUAUGACAUGAAUUCACACAUUCCCGCGUUUUAUAGAAUGUCAUAACUAUAAUAGGACUUCAAAGUUAUAACAGGUAUAUAAGCAUUGUCUCCCACUGUUUAUUUGCAAAGAACUUUGGAGAAGAUUUUAGACUUUAAGCCACCUUGUUGAGGAUGAAUCAUUGAACAGUUUUUGGUGUAACUCGUUUCUUUAUUUUCUCGUGUAUAAUGUAUGAAUUAAGACUUUAGUAAUGGGUAUCACGAUAAAUGUCAUGUUACAAAGAUAUUUUACAAUGAAAUUGAAUACAACAAAACAUAACUGAUGUAAAUUGUAAUUUGAUACCAUUUCACAAAAAGAGGGUGUCAGGUGGCACUUCGACAUUUUUCCUUUUCACCUAGGCGGCCGGGGUUCAGUUCCCCGGUCGGACGUAAAAAAUGUGUGGUGGUCACCUGCCUGACCACAUGGGUUUUCUUCGGGUUCUCCGGAUUCCUCCACAGUAAGGCCCUUAACACUAUUCCACCCGGGCCAGCGAGAGUGAUUGAUAUAAGUUGGUAUAUUUCACAAUUGUUGUAAAAUAAAUAAAGUUCACGACAAGUACCAUCCUAUUCGUCACAAAGUGCUAUCAUUACAUCAAUCAAAAGUUUAUCUCGACCAUCUCGGACAUUUCUUUUAUUCAAUUUUUAUUCGUUGUCUGAUUCUGUUUCGUGUCGAUGUUUUUUAAGUCCAUUAAUUGGUCCUACGAAGACUGAUUCGGAAAGCAGUCUAAAAGAUGUGUACAUAAUCUGAUAUCAAUAAUAGAUAUAUGAUUAUAUAUAUAUGUUAUUAUUAUAUGAUAAUUAUAUUACAAAUGUAUUAUACAUAAUUGUAUAUUUAGGAAUAGCUAAGAUAGAAAUAAAGCUUUACAGUGCGGUAUGAAUUUGCAUAUCAAUCGUUGACAAUCAAAUUAAAUCUAUGUGGUAUCAUUCAGAUUCUUCAUUUAAUUUUUUCUAUUUUUUUUUUCAAGUUUGCCAAAAAAUCGUAAACAAAUACAUCACGUAACCUUCGUCUUCAUUUUUCAUUUCUUUCUUCCAUAACUCUACGUUAAUCUGUAUUCACGGCAGUGUAGAUACGUCCUAGAUCACAAAUAUAAUGGUAAAGUCAUGUGAUCUACGUUACGUCAACGCUUGCAUGUUUUGCUGUCACCAUGACGUCUUAAAACGUCAUUCCGUUCAUAUAACAUAUCACUCCGAUUAACGUUGUUACAUGGCAGUGUAUCGUAAAGGAGCGGAGACUACAAAUCUAACAUCAAUUAUAUUGUAUGACGUAAAUUCGUGAUUUAGCAUUAAUUGAUGAAACUUUUACGGAGUCUUUUAUUAUACUUCGACAGAGGUUCGGCAAAUUGAAAACAAAUUCUUUGGCUCAUUCGAUAAAUCAUUCCGUUAACACCAAAUUUCUCACUCGAUUUUAAUGGUAAUGAAAAAAAGAAAAAGAAACAAAGAAAAAAUGGGCUUUCGUAUUAAGGUCGAGGAAGACAAGGAGCGAUAAGUAAUAGAGAUUUGGUCUUAACGGAACACCAUGUACAUGAAUUGAAUGCUCGCCUUGGAACUUUAAUUGUUCAGUAUAAGACCCGUACCUCUUGCAAAGAUCAUUGACCUCAAUAAAGCUAUCCUUGACACCUGUUGACGAAAAUGGAUGUUGGAAACAUGGGUAUUACCAAAGCUAAACAUCUAAAUGCGUAGUUCUCGCUAAUCUUCAGUAUUUACAUAACAUACCAUUCCUGGAAUACUUUAUGGAAUAAAAUACGGAAUGAAAGGUAUC